UUAACGGACCGGAUCAAAUUAUAUUUAAGCUUUCCCAGCUGAAGCUACAGUUCAGACACGCAUUUCAUUGCCGAGUUCUGCGCACCGUCUCGUAAAACAUGAGCAGUUGGUUUAUGACUGUAGAUGCCUCUUUAUGACCUUGGAGCACUGUGGCGCAAUGAAAACAGAAAUAUAAUUCAGAAGAGACUUCAACGUGCGGCAGAUGAGGAUAUUCUGUAUCGUUCAAACGCAACUGAAAGUGAAACUGUUCCUCUGAAACUUCCACGCGAUGAGAAGACUGGAUAAUAAACUGACACACAUGUAACGUUUCAGAUUUAUGAAGACAAUGCCCAAUAAUACUGCAUCUAACUGUACGAGUAAGCAGUGACGUACUUUAUGUUAUCGUGCAAUGUUAUCUUCUGUCAUGGCGUCACGAAAUCCCAGCCUGAUACUGUUCUUAAGCUUCAGUGCAGCUCUAUGUGCUUGUGUAGAGAGUGUGGCUUGGAACGUUCACAACACGACAAACAGCACGUGUUGCUCGGUUAUAUCUUAACAGCUACUAAUGACCUAAUAAAGAAAUGCCAGCUGGAGCCAACAACUAUUUGCUCUGAUAUAGCCUGACGGACAACAUCAGCAUGAAAUUUGCUGAGCACUUGUCAGCUCACAUCACUCCUGAAUGGAGGAAACAGUACAUUAGUUAUGAGGAAUUGAAGGCCAUGUUGUAUGCUGCUGUUGAAGAGGCUCCUUCUGCAGAAUCAGUGGAACCUGAAGUUCUCACGAGACACUUUGCUAACUUCGAUGAACACUUUUUCCAUUACUGUGACAAAGAACUCGCAAAAAUAAAUACAUUCUACUCAGAAAAAAUGGCUGAAGCAACACGUAAAUUUGCUGGAUUGCAAAAUGAAUUGAGAAUUUCAUUGGGCGACAACAAGAACAGUAAUAAAUCUCCAAUGAAGGAAAAGGCAGCUGGGAGACCAAAUGUUCCUGCUCGCAAGAUUCAGGAGCUGAAGCUGGCUUUCAGUGAAUUCUAUCUGAGCCUGAUUUUACUUCAGAAUUACCAGAACCUCAAUUUCACAGGCUUUAGGAAGAUCCUCAAGAAACAUGACAAAUUACUAUCAGUGGAUACUGGAGUUCGUUGGAGAGUGGAGUAUGUUGAGACCUCUCAUAUCAACACGAAUAAGGACAUAGAUCGUCUGAUCACCGAGACUGAGACGACUGUAACGAUAGAGCUUGAGGGUGGUGAUCGUCAAAGGGCCAUGAAGAGGCUGAGAGUGCCACCACUUGGGGAGCAGCAGAGUCCCUGGACAACUUUCAAAGUGGGGCUCUUUUCAGGCUCAUUUAUUGUGCUGUUCCUUGCUGUUGUGCUGUCAGCCAUAUUUCAUGAAGGUUCUCGGGAAAACCUGAAGGUAGCAUUGCGACUGUACCGUGGGCCACUGCUUAUCAUAGAGUUCUUGUUCCUCAUGGGUGUAAAUGUGUAUGGAUGGCGCUCAUCAGGUGUGAAUCAUGUGCUUAUCUUUGAACUGGAUCCCCGGAACCACCUGUCUGAGCAGCACCUUAUGGAACUAGCAGCCAUCUUUGGUGUCAUCUGGACUCUGAGUCUGCUCAGCUUCCUAUAUAGUGCCUCCUUGAGUAUUUCACCGUAUGUGAAUCCAUUGGCACUCACUGUCAUCAUGAUUGUGUUUAUCCUGAAUCCUAUGAAGGUCUUCAGGCAUGAAGCUCGGUUCUGGGCAUUACGAGUUAUGGGCAGAAUCCUUGCAGCACCCUUCUUUCAUGUGGGCUUUGCUGAUUUCUGGUUGGCUGAUCAGCUGAACAGCUUAGUGGCAGCACUUCUUGAUUUUGAAUUUCUCAUCUGUUUCUAUGUAAGAAAUGGUGACUGGUUAAAUGCAGGAGUUUUGCUCACAGAAACAGAUGAAUGUGUGGAGAAUGACUGGGUUAUAAGACCAAUUGUGAACUGCCUUCCGGCAUGGUUUCGGUUUGCACAGUGCCUUAGGCGGUACCGUGACACAAAAGAAGCCUUCCCUCAUUUGGUUAAUGCUGGGAAAUAUUCCUCAACGUUCCUAGUUGUUUUGUUUGGAACCCUGCGCUCAUUACAUGAUGAUGAAUAUGAAGAUGCAUUAGACAAUCCAUAUUUAUACCUGUGGGUAUUUGCAUCAGUAGUGAGCUCUUGUUAUGCUUACACAUGGGAUAUCAAAAUGGACUGGGGUUUAUUUGACAAAUCAGCAGGAGAAAACAAGUUUCUCAGGGAAGAAACUGUUUAUUCUUCAACAAGUUUCUACUAUUUUGCUAUUGUAGAAGAUCUUGUACUGAGGUUUGCUUGGGCAUAUUCAUAUAUCCUUACUGAAGCUGAUUACAUCAGUGGAGAUUUGAUGACUUCUAUAAUUUCACCUUUAGAAGUGUUUAGACGGUUUGUAUGGAACUUCUUCCGAUUGGAAAAUGAACAUAUUAACAACUGUGGUAAGUUCCGAGCUGUGAGAGAUAUCUCUGUGGCCCCAAUCGACUCAUCUGACCAGUCUCAGAUGAUCCGCAUAAUGGAUGAGGAAGAUGGUGUCAUUCAUCGUCGCAAGAGGAAACAAUCGAAAAAGGCAAAGGAUGAUAAACAGAAAUUGUUAUCUGAAGAAUCAUUAGAAGAAGCUGAUAAUUCAGCUUAUAUAGGAAAUCGUUUGUAAAUUUAUUUACAUAAGAAGUUCCUCAGCAGUAUUUGGCCUAUAAUAGGCUUUUAAGAUACACUGAUAUUUUAUAAGAAUUUUUCUUCUUUAGUAUAAGAAUUACCAGUAUAUUUAUUCGUUUUUAUUUUCAAAGAUUGUGAACUGUGUCAUGAGAAGCUUUCUGUCAUUGUAUUGUGAAUUACAAAAUUUGGAGCAUUCGUCACAAUCUACUUCUUGAACGGAGAUGAGCUGUGGUAGAAAGUGGUUUAAAUUGGAUUAUAUUUUUUUAGUUUUAAUAUAAAUAUAUUGUGUGUAUAAAUUUAAAAAUAUUUUAAUAAUUCAGUGACAUUUUAUUUUAAAAAGUAUUUAUUUCUAGAGAACAUUCUGUCAGUAAUUCUUUUGCCAAACAACACCCCAAGUUUUCCCACUAAUCUGGAAUUUUACAUCCCUACUGUAAACAUACUCUUCAUCUGUACUUUUACUCUUCCCAUAAUUUUCCUCAUUGCGUCAAGCCUGGGGACAGUCAUAUCCUUGGUAUCCAAAUAUGUAGUACGGUGAUCAGGACUUAAUUUAUUACACUUAUUAGCACCAGUUACAGGAGGAUGGUUAAGCCGUGAGAAGAGGAAAAUUCUUUUCCUUUCCGAGAACAGAACCCGAAAAUGUCGGACGUUAACCCAUUGUUAUACCGACUGAGCUAUCGUUGCUCUGUGCAUGUGAUAGCGCUGCUGUAAUUUUAGCGACAAUCCAACCAACUCUGGUGGCUGGAGGAAAUGUUAGUUAUAGACCAAACUUGUCUUUUAUUUAGAAACCGAUGCAUAUGGAAGCAGGCGUAAUUAUGUGUUCUGUAAAGAGAAUUGACUCUUUCAUUCGCUCAGACGAUAUUUUCGCAUAGCAAUGCAAUUUGGAAUAAUGAAUGUUUCCUAAUAGCAACACGGAAGAACUUAAUUGUACGUAAGACAUUUAUGAACGUUCUUCGAUAGGUAAGUGAUACACAAAACAAAACAAACACGUGAACCGUGGGCGUGCGUUAAUGCUAGUGGACAAAAAAAUGGUGGUUGUGUUAUGGCAGAUAAUCAUGAAGUGACGGAAACGCGUUAAAUAAUUUAAUAUAAAGUGACAUCAUGAAAACAGAAGCACGAAGCGUAAAUCAUUAACAUUUUAAAACACGUGAAAGGAGAUUUGGAGGUAAAAGGUAAAUACUUUUUAAUAGUUCCUAAUUUCUAACCUGUAAAAUUUUUGCGUAAGAUGGAGUCGGGUAUUUUACUCGUAUUCUGCACAUGGAAAUGUUUUCGUUAUAUUUUGUCCCAUUCAGGAGCCAAGUUUAAAGAGGCCAAAACACUUUCAUGACGAGUUUUUCUGUCUCUCGAUGUGUCCGUCACAAUAUCAUCAGAAGCUGUCGGCAUUUCGUAUAUGUCUGCAUCCUACAGGAGCUGAAAACCGGAAAACCUAAGGGUAGAGUCAUGCUCCAUGCAGAAUUUAUGACAUGAACUGUAAUUGUAUUCAUCAGAAGGAUUUUUUUAAUGCUAAUGGGGUGGGACUAAGUCCCU